UUUAUCAAUACGUUGUUUACAGGCAUUUUAAAGCAAACAAAACAAGAAUCAUUAUUAUUGUAAUUACUGACAAAGAGCAGAAGAAAGAGAAUGGCGCAAGUGCUAAAUUUGAACAACGAGGUUGUGAAGAUGAGAAAAGAUAUAAAGAAGGCCAGAGCACUGAUCAUCCGGAAGUUAACAAGGCACAUCACCAAACUAAAGUCGAAAAAGGGUAAUGCAGAGGAAGUUGAAAAGAACCAAAGACGAGCAGGCAGGUUGUUAGAAGAAAUCCAUGCUAUGAAGAGUCUAAAACCAGAUCAAGUUACCAAAGCUGCUUUGCAAAGGAAUACCGUCUUUGAAAAAGUGUGCAAAAAUCCCAACUCUACAUCAUCAGAACGGGCAACUGCAAGAAUAGCAUCCCAUCCACAAAUCAGCAAAAAAAUAAUAGCCAUCGAAGCGGCAAUAAAGGCAUUUAAAGAAGAGAGAGAAACACAGCCAGAAGGCAAAGACACUCAAGAGGUUCCACAGCUAGAAGACCCUAUACAAAAUGCACACUCAGUUCAAGAAAAUGAUCACUCAGGGGACUUAGAACUAAUGCUAUCUGGAAAUACUGCAGAAAGCAUUAACCCGAUAACUAAAACAGAGCAUAUCCGUAAUCUAGAAAGUAAUAAAGAUACAGAUAAGACUGAUACAAUGCCUGCGACUGUCAUAAUGCAGGAAAAUGCAAACAUAAAAACCUCUGUAGGGGACAUUUCAAAUGCCACUGCAUCAGCCAUUUCUCAGAGGAAAUCCCCAAACAAGAAAAACAGAACACAACCUAAACCUCAAAAUGAAGCCAAUGUUUCAAUAAUACAACAUAAACAUGAGUCGGAGGGUGAAGAAAGUGAAUUGGAAGAAUCAGAUGAAGAAGAUAAAGAAUAUUUUGACGACAGUACAGAAGAACGUUUUUUCAAGCAGUCAUCCAUGUCUGAAGACAGUGGUGGGGAUGAUGACAAUUUCUUCAUUGGUAAAGUUAAACAAACAAAGAAAAAGAAAAGUGACCCAAGCCUAAAACAAGAAAAAGUGAAAACAGAAUUCAGGAAAUCUGAAAAAGAUACUGAGGAAAGCAGGCAUAUGUCAAACCAAAAUAAAUUACAGUCUGUAUUUUGCAAUUCUUUAUCAGGAUCCAAAGUAUCAAAACCACUGGAACAAAAGAGGAAGUCUCAAGGAAUGCCUCAAGUGAACAAGGGGUCAGCUAUGUUAAGCAGACCUCAGUUUAAGAAGCAACUGCCUCGUGCUGCUGCCAGUCAGCAGUUCACAAGUAAAGUUCCACACGUGCAACAAUCUCUACAUCCGUCAUGGGAGGCAAGCAGAAGACGGAAAGAACAGCAGGCCCAAAUCACAGCAUUCCAGGGAAAAAGGAUCAAGUUUGACGACGACGACUAAUUUUUAUGUGUAAAUUCACUAGAACUGGGCAGAGUAAUCCAAAAUGACAUGCAAAGUGCAACUAACGCAAGUUUUCAGUGUUUUAAAUAGAAAUCUCUUUGAGCACCAGCAUUUUGUUUCUGUACAUAUGUAUUACUUUGCUCAACCUUUCAGAUACAGAGUUGUACAGAAAUCCUACAUUAUUUAGAAUUUGGUGAGUUAUCAUUCUUUGUAUGUCGUACCUUGUAAUGUGAGCCAUUACUGUUUUAAGUUUUAUAUUGCAAUUUAAUGAAGAUAUAAACUUUUCUCUUAUUUGUUUGUUGUGUGUGUGUGCUGUUGUUGACAUGCAUAUGUUGUUUGAGGUUUCAUAGUACGUAUAUCUGAUAUAUAAUGCUCCAACAAGAACACUGUUUGUGUGUUGGGUCUGAAGAAUGAAACAUUUGACUAGCACAUUUGUCGUCAUGGACAUAUACUAGAUUAUAUCUAGGCUUGCUCCUUCCAACAUUUAUUUUUCAGGAGCUCACAAAAUACUGUAAUAAAAUUGCUUUUAAAUUAAUAUUUUUUUUUGUGUAUUCUUUGUUCUGGAUUUGUGGUGGUUGUAGGUGUGUUUCAUAUAUACAGAUAAUUCAUGAUUAUCUGAUCUCAGCUUUCAAAAGAAAAAUACAGGUUGCAAACAUUGGGUCUGAUAGUCACAGUAUCCAGAACGCAUUCUAUGCCUCCCU